AUGUUGGCUGAGCGGCUUGAAGAGAUGGAGAAGGGUGACCAGAGCAGGACGCAGAUCAAGCGUGCCGUCCAGGCCAAGAAAAAGGCCAGCAAAGCCAAAAAGUCACGGAGAAAGUACAGAGCUCUUGAAGAAGCAAAGAAAGCCGCAGGCGAGGGAGGAGCAGAAGCGGCAGCAGAGGAUGCUCAUGACGAGGAAGAUGAAGAGUGGGAAGAUAUUGAAGAGGAGGAUAUCGAGAAGAAUGAAAAAAAUACAGAUCAGCCCGGACUCCCGGCCAUGCUCAUCCAUCUCGAACUUCGACCUGGAGAGAUGCGGGAGACGUGGAACGGGCCCAAGGCCAUGCUCGGCGUCGUGGCGUCGGCCGCCGACGAAGCGCGCGACCACUGGACCAACGCGAACGCCUUCUGCGCCCACUUUGUUAAAUUGUACGGUGAUGUGAUACCGCUGAUGUCCUGCUACCGCAUCUACGCGCUGUGGACCAUCAGCAGCGCGCUCGAGUACGGCAUCCAGUCGCGGCGCGGCGAGGAUCUGUGGCUGGAUAUCCCGGCCGCGGCGAAGUGGGUGGAGAUUCUUGGUUCGGAGAUGCGUGAUUGGGUUGACGAUUAUGAGGGGUGGCCGGGUGCGGAUGGUGGCACGCUGUGGAAGGCGGAGAGCAUGGAGAAUGUAUGA